UAUGCCAUUGAGAGCCUCGACCCUGAGUGAUAGUUUCAAGGGAAUAUCUUUCUCCAUACACACACAUUGUUCACUAUAUAACACCACGCGAGAAGUGCGAAGCAAAUCAGGCAUCGGAGUUAAGGCGGGAGAUAGCAAUAUGGGUUUGAAGGAGGAGUUUGAGGAGUAUGCUGAGAAAGCCAAGACCCUGCCGGAGAAUACCUCAAACGAAAGCAAGCUUAUUCUCUAUGGGCUGUACAAGCAGGCCACCGUUGGACCGGUGAACACCGGCCGUCCUGGAAUUUUCAGCAUGAAGGAGAGAGCAAAGUGGGAUGCAUGGAAGGCUAUUGAAGGAAAAUCCAAGGAGGAAGCAAUGAGUGAUUACAUAACCAAAGUGAAACAGUUGCAGGAAGAAGCUGUGGCAUCUGCCUGAUGUUGUCUUGUUCAUGCAUAAUUCCUCUUUAUUCCCUGUUUUUUGGAAACUACAUUGUAAUAACUAAAACAAGCAUCUGCAGUUUUCAAACUGGAAAUGUGUUGUCUUGAUUCCUCAAAUAUGUUCUUUUUUUUGUGUUUGUUAAUUUGAGUUGGCCAAAAUUCUUGAACCCAA